UAUAAAUACUUCCAUGGGAGAGCCUAAUCUACCAUAGCAAGCCAUAUCCUAUAUCUCUUGAAAACACACCAUGACGACGUCCUUACCGAACAAACCAUUCUUCUCGUUCUUUCUCCACAUCCUGUUUUUGCUCCUUCACAUACUCAACUUUUCUUCUUGCUUUACUUUAGCUGAACACACUCCCUCCACAACUUCACUGCUUGGUAAUAAUACAGAAGCUGAGGCUCUUCUAGGAUGGAAAGCCAGUCUUGACAACCAAAGUCAAUCUCUCCUUUCUUCUUGGAUCGGCAUUAGCCCAUGCAUUAACUGGACCGGAAUCACUUGUGACAAUUCUGGAAGCGUCACCAAUUUGAGCCUUGCAGACUUUGGCUUGAGAGGUACGCUUUAUGAUUUCAAUUUCUCAUCCUUCCGGAAUCUUUUUAUUCUUGACCUUCAGAACAAUUCUCUUUCUGGAAUCAUCCCACAUGAAAUUGGAAAGUUGACGUCUCUUUUCGCUAUUUCAUUAGCCGAAAAUAAUCUCACUGGUUUGAUCCCAUUCUCAGUUGGAAACUUGACAAAUCUAUCCAUACUUUAUUUUUGGGGUAACAAACUCUCCGGUUCCAUUCCUCAGGAAAUUGGGUUGCUAGAAUCUCUCAAUCAACUUGACUUAUCAAGUAAUAUUUUAACUGGUAAAAUUCCUUAUUCUAUCGGAAACUUGAGAAACUUAUCUUACCUUCACCUUCUUGACAACCAACUCUCUGGUCCCAUCCCUUCUUCUAUUGGAAAUAUGACCAUGCUCAUUGAUGUAUCACUAUAUCAAAAUAAUCUCACUGGCUUGAUACCAUCCUCUAUUGGAAACUUGAGAAACCUAUUCAUACUUUAUCUUUGGGGUAAUAAACUCUCCGGUCCCAUUCCUCAAGAAAUUGGGUUGUUAGAGUCUCUUAAUGAACUUAGCUUGUCCAGUAAUCUUUUAACCGGUAAAAUUCCUUAUUCCAUUGGAAACUUGAGAAACUUAUAUUCCCUUGAGCUUUCCCUUAACCAACUCUCUGGUCCGGUCCCUUCUUCUAUUGGAAACAUGACCAUGCUCAUUGUUUUAGCACUAGAUCAAAAUAAUCUCACUGGUUCCAUUCCCUCCUCCAUUGGAAACUUGAGAAAUCUAUCCAAACUCUAUCUUUGUUGUAACAAACUAUCUGGUUUUAUUCCUCAUGAAAUUGGAUUGUUAGAGUUUCUUAGUGAACUGACCCUUCAAAGUAAUGUUUUAACCGGUGGAAUUCCUAAUUCAAUUGGAAACAUGACAAUGCUCACUGAACUUCUUUUAAGUCAAAAUAAUUUAUCUGGACGUGUUCCUUCAGAAAUAGGACAACUUAGAUCCCUUGUGGACUUGAGAUUACUUGAGAACAAACUUCAUGGCCCAUUGCCCUUAGAGAUGAACAAUCUCACCCAUUUGAAUACUUUGUCUUUGGCUAUCAACGAAUUCACGGGUCAUUUGCCACUAGAGUUAUUCCAUGGAGGAGUAUUGGAAAACUUUUCUGUUGCCUACAACUAUUUCUCAGGUCCAAUCCCGAAAAGUUUGAAAAACUGUACUAGUUUACACCGAGUAAGACUUGAGUCGAAUCAAUUAACAGGAAAUGUUUCUGAGGUUUUUGGUGUCUAUCCACAUCUGGAUUAUAUUGAUUUGAGUUACAAUAAUUUUUAUGGUGAGCUUUCUUCAAAAUGGGGAGAUUGUCGUAGCAUGACAAGCCUUAAAAUCUCAAACAAUAAUGUUUCUGGUGAGAUACCACCAGAGCUUGGGAAGGCUACUCAAUUACGCUUGAUUGAUCUGUCAUCAAAUCAGUUAAAAGGAACCAUCCCAAAAGAUUUAGGGGGGUUGAAGUUGUUGUACAAGCUUAUUCUUAACAACAACCAUCUUUCAGGUGCCAUUCCCUUAGAUAUUAAGAUGCUUUCCAAUCUUCAAAUCCUUAAUUUAGCAUCUAAUAAUCUGAGUGGAUUGAUUCCAAAACAACUUGGGGAAUGCUCAAAUUUAUUGUUGCUGAACCUCAGCGGUAAUAAAUUUAGAGAAAGCAUUCCAGGUGAGAUAGGCUUUCUACUUUCUCUUCAAGAUCUUGAUCUUAGCUGCAAUUUCCUGACUCGAGAGAUACCGAGGCAACUUGGGCAACUGCAAAAGUUGGAAACUCUGAAUGUCUCUCACAACGUGCUUUCUGGACAGAUUCCGAGCACUUUCAAAGACAUGUUAAGCUUAACAACUGUGGAUAUAUCAUCCAAUAAGCUACAAGGCCCCAUUCCCGAUAUCAAAGCCUUCCACAACGCUUCAUUUGAGGCAUUAAGGGAUAAUAUGGGUAUAUGUGGCAACGCCAGUGGUCUAAAGCCGUGCAAUCUUCCAAAAAGCAGCAAAACUGUUAAGAGAAAGAGCAACAAACUUGUGAUUUUGAUUGUGCUCCCUCUUUUAGGAAGCUUGCUUUUAGUGUUUGUUGUGAAUGGAGCUUUAUUCAUUCUCCGCCAAAGAGCCAGGAAGAGAAAAGAUGAGCCAGAAAAUGAACAAGAUCGAAACAUGUUCACGAUAUUGGGCCAUGAUGGGAAGAAGUUGUAUGAGAAUAUCGUUGAAGCUACAGAGGAAUUCAACUCCAACUACUGCAUUGGCGAAGGAGGAUAUGGAACUGUUUAUAAAGCCGUGAUGCCAACAGAACAGGUGGUUGCUGUGAAGAAACUUCACCGGUCACAAACAGAAAAGUUGUCCGAUUUUAAAGCUUUUGAAAAGGAAGUUUGUGUGUUGGCAAAUAUUCGACAUCGAAAUAUUGUGAAAAUGUAUGGAUUUUGCUCACAUGCAAAGCAUUCUUUUUUGGUUUAUGAGUUCAUUGAAAGAGGAAGCUUGAGAAAGAUUAUAACCAGUGAGGAACAAGCAAUUGAGUUCGAUUGGAUGAAAAGGCUAAAUGUUGUAAAAGGGGUGGUUGGAGCUUUAUCAUAUCUACACCACUCUUGCUCUCCUCCAAUCAUUCAUCGGGACAUUACCAGCAACAAUAUCCUUCUGGACUUGGAAUAUGAAGCACACGUCUCCGACUUUGGCACAGCUAGACUGUUGAUGCCUGACUCAUCCAAUUGGACCUCAUUUGCAGGUACUUUUGGAUAUACUGCUCCAGAGCUAGCUUACACAAUGAAAGUGACUGAAAAAUGUGAUGUCUAUAGCUUCGGAGUGGUAACAAUGGAGGUGAUGACAGGAAGGCACCCAGGCGACCUCAUUUCAGCACUCUUAUCACCAGGAUCUUCGUCGUCGUCAUCGAUGCCACCGAUUGCUCAACAUGCACUAUUGAAGGAUGUGCUAGACCAACGCAUCUCGCUUCCUAAAAAAGGAGCAGCAGAGGGCGUUGUCCAUAUGAUGAAAAUUGCACUUGCAUGCUUGCAUCCCAAUCCCCAAUCUCGGCCUACAAUGGAAAAAAUUUAUUUGGAUCUUACAGCUAAGUGGCCUCCACUGCCGAAGGCAUUUUGCACAAUAAGUUUGGGAGAUCUCUUCUCAUAGUGUUUAGCUACUUCUUUUCAAUUUUCAAUUGGAACAAUAAAUCUUUGUAAUAAGAAUUUCAUCAUCAAACUUUAUUUCUUUCAAAUUAUGUUGGCACUGUUUUAUACAUUAGAAUUUAUUUUUCUUUGCACGAUGUCACAUA